AUGUGGCAUGCAAUAAAUGCAACCAUCUACUCUCUCCCCCGCCUCCUCUCAACCACGGCGCCGGUGCCGCCCACUCCGGCAAGCCCCGCCUUCGCCGUCGAGGACUACCUCGUCGACGCCUGCGGCCUCACCCGAGCCCAGGCACUCAGUGCCUCCACCAAGAUCCCCCACCUCAAGUCCCCCGCCAAGCCCGACGCCGUCCUCGCCUUCCUCUCCGGCCUCGGCCUCUCCACCGCCGAUUUCGCCGCCCUCGUUGCCAAGGACCCGCGGUUCCUCUGCACCGGCGUGGAGACAACCCUGUCCCCCGUCGUCGCUGGGCUCACCGGGCUCGACCUGUCACACCGUAAGAUCGCGCGCCUCGUCUCGCUCGCCCCCGGCAACUUCUGCCACACAUCCGUCGUCUCCAAGCUAGAGUACUACCUGCCGCUCUUCGGCUCCAUCGACAACUUGCUCCGGCCGCUCAAACACGGCUCCGGCCUCCUCGACUCUGACCUCGAGACGGUGGUCAAGCCAAAUGUCAAGCUCCUGAGAGAAUGCGGGCUAGGUGCUCGUGAUAUUGCCAAGCUGCUCACCCGUGUGCCAAUGUUGCGGAGCUCCAAACCAGAGUGUGUCCUGGCGAUGGUUGCGUGCGCCGAAGGUAUAGGUGUGCCCCGUGGAUCUCGGAUGUUCAGGCAAGCGCUGCAGGCUGUCUCAUACUUCAGCGAGGAGAAGAUCGCUGCCAGAGUGGACUACUUGAAGAAGACGUUUAGGUGGUCAGAUGCCGAGGUCGGCAUUGCCGUGUCCAAGGCUCCGUCUCUGCUGAGGAGUUCAAAGAAGAUGCUACAGCGCAGGUCCGAGUUCCUUAUCUCUGAGGCGGGGCUGGGGCCAGACUACAUUGCUCAUCGGCCGAAUAUGCUCGUUCUUGGCGUGGAGGUCCGGCUAAGACCCCGUUACUAUGUUAUGAAGUUUCUCAAGGAAAAUAGAUUGCUCAAGCGUGACCUAAGCUAUAAUACAAUUGUCAAGGUCACCGAAAAGCUAUUCUUGGAGAAGUUCGUAUGCCCUCACAAGGAAGCUGCACCGCACCUUGCUGAAGACUAUGCAACCGCUUGCAGAGGCAGAGUGCCUUCGAGAUUCAUAUUUACAUGAACCAACAAGCAGGAACAUAGAUUGCUAGAGCGCGAGUGGAACUGCUAUCCAGCAGUCUUGGUGACUGAGAAGAUUUUCAUGGAAAAGUAUGUAUGCCCUCACAAGGAAGCUGCCCCCACCUCGCCGAAGACUAUGCUGCCACUUGUAGGGAAGUGCCUUCUAAUAUCAGAGUUACAUGAGAAUUCGUAACUUAUGGCACAAAAAUGUUUACACUAUGUGUAGUGAGCUGGUAAUCUCUGUCUGUGUUCAUUGCCUGAGUGGAUGUUGGUUGUCUGCUACAUGCUAAUUUAGCAUCGCUGGGCCAGGUACAUGCUAAUUUAGCGUCGCUGGGCCUGAAUGAAACUGAUAAUUUUAUCGUGAGCCCUUAUAUGUCCAUUGCAUCAUUUAGUACAGAAGAAAGAAUUACACUGCGAUUAACCUGUCCAUCUUGAUGUCAUAUUGUCAAAUGCUUUCAAAUAUAUUAACGAAGAGUAUGUCUGCAGGCCCUAUAUGUUUAUGUUCUCAAUUGCCAUUGCAGCUUAAUCCUGGGUCAAUCUAUCUUUCCAUGAAAAAAAGGUUCUCAUUUUUGCCAUGAAAAUGAUAUGAAGUCCCAAAAUUGGCUGAAUGUCCUUUUUCGUGGGAACAAAUCUGGAAUUAACGUGUUAGUCACUGCUGAGGUUGCAGUUUUGAUCUAGUCUUUUGGUUGCUCCCUCUAGUUCUUCUAAGCUGAAACUCUUCAUUCUUCCUGCAGUAGUUUUGUUUACAAGAUAUUAACUGUUGUGAAAUCAGGUCAUCGUUUAUUAGUAGUUUGUAUCAGUUUUUUCAUUUAUUUUUCUCUUAUAUUCUUGGAUAGCCUACUUGCUGAUACUUUUUAUAGGAGUAUCUGAUGUCAAAACUGAAUACUUCAGUAGUUGACAGCCCACACUACGUAACGGAUAUUUCGAAGGCCCUUGUAUUUGUACCGAAGACACAAAUUGAUGCUUGUAUGGUAUGGUGCCGAAAAACAGAGGGCAUUUCAUACACUAUGAAGGAACUUAUGUUAAGACAUGUAGGCUGGAAUUGGGGAAAAAGAGAAUGAAGAUGUCGAAUACUAUUACCUUAGCCAAAAGAGAUUGUCCCAGACAGAGAUGAUAUCUUAACCAAGCUUGAUAUUAACAUUUAAGUAACACAAAGGACAUGGGCACAUCCUAUUAUUGGCAAAGAGCUAUGAUUUGAAAUGAAGAUCAGUUGUGUGUCUCAAUGCAAUGAAGGUGAGGAGAAGGGGUCGUUUGAUGAAAGAGGUGACUUGCCAGGAGAAGAUGUGAUGAAACUGGAUAUAGAUGCAUAGUUCUUUCUUCUUUCCAGGAGAUCGACCAUGUAUGGUGGCUGGGCCUUUGCUAUAUUACACGUGAUUCUGAAGGCUUUGUUAGUUGAUGAUGCCCUGCAGCUUCCUUCAUUAACAAGCUGUGGCUGCAUACCUUUCUGAAACCCUGAGCAGUUUCUGCAGGAGAUAAAUACUUUGCCGCCUAAUUCUACUUGGAGAGGCUUUUGUUUCCCUGGUUUCUCUCAGAUAAAUGAGAAGCAGGAACAAGUUAAAUAUGCACUUUUUGGUAGGACUACUGAUGAGAGAACGAUGCAGCAAUAUGAGAGCAAUGGUACUGAUUCUGUGGAUGGUCUGAGAUCUGGCAAUAUAUGAUAGCAAAGGACUGAAGGCACCGCUGCAGUUGGGCUGGAUUGCACCGCCGCAGACGCAAGGUUGCUUGAUCUGGUUUCAAGUUUCAGCCAUGGUGGCGCGAGCUUACUCGACGCACUCUGAAGAUGGCAGGGGAAGAUCAGCGUCGUACAAUCAAGCGCCGCUAUCUGGGGUCAGUUGUCAGCGGUUUGGGAGGUGAGGAAGAUGAGAUGAAGAUGUAACGGCUGGGCCUUUUUUCGAACCCUAUCUGCCUGCUGGCUGUUGUCUGGUGGGUUUCAUUUCUGUUGGAGGAACAUUGUAUGGUUGUUGGUAUCUGUACAAAAAGAGAAACGAAUUUGUAUCCAUUAAAUAUUCAAAUUUGUAUUUGAUUUU